AUGCUAGAAUACUCGCUGGUUGUUGCUGACCAGGUUUCGAAGGCAUGGAAGGAACACGGCGCAACUCCACGGCGCGUUAUUCGAUUUCGUGCUCAUGUCAACAGGAUCACCAGCAUUAGGCUUAUACCCGGGUCUAAACAUUCUGAAUACUGGGUCAUCACUGGGUCCGUCGAUGGAUUUGUGCGUGUAUGGGAUCUAUACCGUGCUAUGCGGCAUUCACCAAGCGCAGUCGACGUCACGGAUGAGCUUGAAGAAGAUACCCUCUCUAUACAUGCGCAAGAAGAAAAUGCUGUGCUCGAUGACGACUCAGUAACGUCUGUUGACCCAGAGACUGAUAUCCGACGCUCAUCAAAUGCGUUUCUUGUGGCGGAAGUCGAUACCGGUGGCGAUGUGGCAUCUAUUGAUGCACAAGUUGACGAAGCUACGCGUAUAAUAAAAAUAGCUGUCGGCUCGUACUACAGUUCGUCUGCGUGCCUGCUUUACGAGCUGCACAUCGAUGCGCCUCCCCGCUUCAUGGACCUCCGCGCUUCGCUUGACCCUCCCGAAUGGGGAGGAACUCAAUGUGUGUCACUUCUGGACGAUGUUGUUGCCGUUGGUGCUUACACGGGAAGGAUCCACUUACUUGACUGGCGUACUGGUGAGCGUUGUGCAUUGGAACUUACUGAGCGCGGCUCCAUAGCGGCUUUAAAGCUGCUGCCUACGCACCUUCUUGCUGUUACUCGACUGGGCAUUGUACUCGUGUAUGAACGACACAAUACGAUCCAGGCGAACCUUGUGGCUGACCACACGAUAUCGCAACGUCCAAUUCUGAGUAUAUCGUUCAGCGAUUUUGCUGCCGACACGCAAGAAUCUCGUUCGUGCUCGACAUCAACGUCAACCUCGGAUCCUGGAACGGGACCGACGGCGCAUCUACCGCUGCCUUUAGCAUUCUUAUGCGUGGAUCCAAUUUGUCUCACACAUUGGCAAUGGGAGCAUGGAACUUGGAAGCAGUGUCCCAAGCAGCUGCGAUGCGUUGAAAUUCGGCAUGAGCGACUUGUAGGAGCAUCCAUUGGUGCAUCAGGCCGACGAGGCCUCCUUACAUCUAGCUUGGGUGGUGUGCCACCCAUGUGCCUAGCACGGGCUUAUUCAAAAGACAAUGUGCUGUGUGUUAUUCGACCGACACCUGAGAUGGUCGUUCCUGAUGCAGAAUACGCCUCAAGUCGGUAUCAAAAGCUGGCUUCACGUGUACCUUUGUCAUCGUUGGUGACAACACAAGCAUCACCCACGGCAGGUUUGACUUCACCUACACCACCUCUACCUUCGUCAAACUGGGGUCCUGGUUCGGCUCCAGCAUCUGUACCUCCUUCGGCACCUAGUUCUGCCUCACCAUCUGCAACCGCUUCUGCGCCGUGCCCACGACGAGUUCGUGUGGAUUCUUUCUCAUCAACUUCAACAACAAGCUCCACAGUGCCGCCGCCAUCAAGUCGCGUUGACAUGCUGACAGAGUCUGCGGUUGAUGAUGCUCGUGGGAUUAUAUGUCUCGCAAGUAUUCGUGGGGCAGUGUGGAUUUCGGACUAUGGGGGCGCUUUAGAUACCAUGUAG